AUGUUCAAGGUAAACCAACUCCACGUCCUGAUCCUGGUCGGCUGUUUUGCUUUAAUAAGGGCACAGCGGCAGCAUCAGCAGCAAGCUGGAAUACACCUUCAUCCCGCAUGGCUCUAUUCAAUGCCCUGGCGACCUUUGAUCCUGCCCACAGCCAAACCUUUGUCAACUUUGGCGGGAAUUUCCCAAAUAAGCCAAGGUUACACUGGUCCUCAAACGUUUCCACAAAAUCAACAACAAGAUCAACUGGAACAGCAGCUACAGCAGCAGUAUAUUAUGCAACAGCCAUAUCAGCAAUCAACCACACAAGGGCAAUAUCCACAGCAGUCCGUUCUAGUGGGUUUAUUUACGCCCCAGCUGCAAGCUUAUCCCUUAGCAACACCUCCACAGGCAGGACACUUUAGCCUGCCGUUCAGGCCAUCACAAUUCGUCGGCUACACGGAUGACGAAGAUGGUGGUAAUGAGCAGGGUAUAAGAUCUCCAGACCAUCAGCCACAGCAUCAACUGGCGGAACCCCCCUUUCUUGUCGACUCCUACAAUAAACCUGUGGCGGAGAAAUCGGAGCAGCCAAGUGACUCUAAAGGAUUCGGAGGAGGAGGUGGUCCACUAGGCUAUGUCUAUCUUUCUCCCAGUAAUUCUUAUAAUAUAGUUCAGAGUUAA